GUAUUUCAAUUUUCAUGACUCGGAACAGCUCCCCUUUUUUUAAUCGGAGGUACAGCUACAACUUUAUUUGUCUUUUUUGAGCUAAUCACCGUUUUUAAACACAGUCAACUUUUCCUAUCCUAGAUGUAAUCAGAUUAGACAGCGUCGACCAGCUCAACAAUGACGGUGAUCAAUGCAUUGUUUAGUUGGACGGUGGUGGCGCUACUCAUCUCCACUGCGGCCGCCGCAACUGAAUAUACCAACCACACCGUUGGUGGCGCCGCCGGCUGGUUCUUCCACACCGCCACCAAUACCUCUGUUACCAAUUACACUUCCUGGGCCGCAAAUCAAACAUUCAAUCUCGGAGAUUAUCUCAUAUUCAGGACGGACACAAACGAAACCGUGAUCCAGACUUUCAACGAGACUACUUUUCAAAGCUGCUCAACCGACGACGCAUCGGACAAUGAUACAUUCCAUUACUAUGGAGGCAGCACGGCAUUCAGUAAACCGCAUACCAUCGCGGUGCCGUUGACCGAAGAAGGCCCCAACUACUUCUUCUCCGACGCAAAUGAUGGCAUCCAGUGCCAAAAUGGCCUAGCGUUUGGGAUCUCCGUCAAUCACGGCCUCGGAUUGCCUCCCAGCCUUAACCAGCCGCCUCCUUCUCCUUUUAUCGAACCGCCUGGACCCGAUGCCAAAUCGCCGCCGGUUAAAAAUGCAGGUGGUUCGCCGUUGCUGCAAAAUGGCGCGUUGAGCCUGGGCGCUGACGCGCGCGUGGUGCUGUGUGCGCUUAUCUUUGGUGCUGCGGCGUUCUUGCGGUCCUAACGUGAACGCGUUGACGAUGGCAUGUCGUGAUGGGGGUUAGGAAUAGCAAUUUAGAAGUUUCUACGGUGUUAGUUUGGUAAUUUGGUAUACUUGUCGGUCGAUCGGUUUUGUUGAGGUGUUUCCAGGUGCAGGUUUAGAUUUAUGUUCUCACAAAUUAAGAUAUGUUAAACGGCUUACAUUUUCCCAUUUUAUUACGUUUCUGCUUUGAAAAAAAAUAGUGUAAUACUGCGCCAGACUCUACAAUUUAAUUGAAUAUUGAAAAUUGUC